ACGGCGAGUUGACGGCGCAAGUGAGUUGACGGCGAGUUGACGGCAAGUAGUAGGACCCGUGUUGAGAUGAGAGGGUUAGGAGAGCAGCGGCGGGAAGCGGAACAAAUAACAUCUACUAGUAUCUUUUGCCUUUCGUUCACUUGAAUGCUGAGGAUGAAGCAUUUGUCCAGCUUGUGUUUUAUUCUCCUUCUCCUCUCAAUCCAAGUAAGUGAUGGAGAGACUGUUAAUAAUACUCAAGAUGGUGAGGGAAACCAGGCUGAGACUUCACACCAAGCGGUCUUACCUAUCUUCAAUGAAGCCAUCUUAAGUUAUUAUGUAAGGCAGUCCAUUCAUCACCCAGCUUGUGUGCUCUUCAAAGAACCAGGAUCUACCUCACAGCUAGAAACACAAAUACAGGGACUUUGGAAAAGAGCAAACACCCAAAGAAAUGACCAAUUUUUGUAUAGAUCAUGGAGACUUGGUUCAUUCCUCAAUCAAUCAAGGACUACUAGGGGAGUCAAGGUUCCAGACACUCUUCCCUGUUUGCAAUGCUUCAUUGGAACUGCCGUUCCUGCAACUUAUAACGGACCAGGCAAAGCAAGGGAUCUUCAUCAGUGGUUUGCAAAACAGGUGGCCAAACUGAAGACCAAAGUGCCAGAAUAUAGCGAAGCAGCAUUUGAGAACCUGCAGGAAGAGUUAGUUCUUAUUGUCCUUGUGGAUACCAAGAGUCACUUUGAUGUGGAAUUACAGGUCAUUCAGAUAAAAAGACUUUACUCUGGUAGAGUUGGUGUGUUGAUGGUUCACCCGGGCUCUAAGGAUAUUGCCAAGUUGAUGAAAGACUACAAAGUUGCUAAACUUCCAUUUUUUGUCAUCAUAGAGGGAAAAGAAAAGAAUGAUCAGACCAAAUUCCAUAAAUUUGAAGGGACCGAAUCCGUCAUUGAAGACUUGAAAAUGUUCCUUAGUGUCAGAAUGUCCUCGAUAUCAAUCCUAACCAUGGACAAUUUUGAAAGCGACAUCAUCAGGCCAAAAGUCAAGAGGUCGCCGACCUUAGUGUGCUUCCAUGCUCCUUGGGGUCGCGACACAAGUUCAUAUCUGGAUGCCUUUAAAAGGUCAGCUGCUGAGUUUCUCCUGGAAGAUGGUUCAGGAUUAGGUUUUGGUUUAGUUGAUAUCCAUCGUCAUGCUGAAGUGGUGACACGAUGGGUUGAUGCUACAUAUGCAAAGAGUGUUCCAUUUUCUGUGCUGUUCUGGUGGAAGGAAGUUAAUGUCAAAGGUUUAGUUUUACAACAGAAAGUGUUUCCAAACAUCACCCCAACGCCCUGGGCUGUAGCGUCUGUCUUGGAGCAAAGCGAUGUUGCAAUUUACAAUGGUGAUGGGGAGGAGCUUCAGUACUCGCCAUGGGCUGGAAAAGAUGAUCAUGAUCAGAUUUCCUAUGGCUUUACUUCUUACACUCCACAGUCGUGUACUACAAGCGCCAAUAUGUCUCUAGGACUAUCAGAUAUAGACACAGAUGUAGACAUCUGUAGUCCAAGUAAUUUGCCUAAGAGUAAAAGCACCAACGUCAAGUCAAGAAAACCUCUAAAGGGAAACACCUCUUGGAUUAAAAAGAGCUCCAGUGCAGCCUCUGCAAAGCCCAAUAUCGCAGGUGUUGAUAAAGUAACUGACUCAAAAUGGUCAAGCAUCAUCGAGCGUUCUGAUGUAGAACAAACUCCUCUGCGUCUCAAUGCUCCCUGGAGACAAGAUGUCGCUUCCACAACGUUGGUGGUUUUCAUCCAGAACGAUUGUAGCAACUGUCUUCGGAAGAUGGCCAUGUUUGGCAUACUGGCAAAGUCUGUCAAGAUGAUUGAUGGCGGAUCAAUGUACAUCAUGAACUGUACGUCGGACCCCACAAUCUGUUCUCAACUACACGUUAUUGGCUUCCCCACCUUGAUAGCCUUCAGAGGGUAUGGUGAGAUAGGGAGUGAGCACUGCGUGACACCAGGCCAGGCUACUCAGCUGAUACGUAUGGACUAUCAUGGAGUUCUAGAGGAGAAGUUGAUAAUGGAGUGGUUCUCAGAAAUCUCAGUACCAGCUGUGACUCGGUUACCAAACAGACAAACGUUCAGACAAUCCGAAUACCAGAAAGAUGACGUAGUUCUUCUGGCCACCAUGUAUCCUCUGUCUCUAGCUGGUAAAUACCUACCUACCCUGUCUAGCACCAGUCACUGGUACCCGUUAGAGUGUUACCAGGUAGCCUGUGAGCGUCUGUAUGGACGAGCGAACUGUCUGGCCGUCCUUACUGAGAAUCUGGAACGUAGAGAUGUUGAGAAAAGUAGACAGCAAUUGCAAAUGGUGGUUACCCAGAUUGAAAUGUUUCGUAAAGAUGGGAUCCAGUCUGUAGUCUUUAGCCUGGGUAGAAAUCUAAUGGCCACAUUACAAGACGAGUCCCACUCACAGAUACACGCUUUCCACUCACCACAUAGGUAUAAUUUGAAAGAGGGUCAACAUUGUGAGGAUGAUGUUGCUAGUUGCACUGAUCUCAUUGUGGAGUUUGUACAAGACCAUGGUAGACUCCCAGUAACACAUCUCACAUUGACUGGGUUCCAUACCCAUAGUGGAGCUAAGUUUGGUGAGCACCACGAGAACUCAAUCUUUGAGCAUGAUCUACCUGUGCUGAUAGCUUUAGCGAACAAAGGACAUUUGAUGGAUGGAGCACAGUUCAUUGAAGCCCUGACAUCAGCUGCCUACGAGUUAUACAAUAAGAUGGUGUUUGUGUCCAUCAACACGGAUGAGUUCCCCAAGUGGGCGUCUCGUUUUGUGCCUCUCGGUUACCGCCAAAAAGUUCUUGAUCACAGCGAUCAGAUAACUCAAGAUUUCCUUCCUUCCCUUAACGUCUACCCUCGGCUGUGUAUCGUAAGACAAGAUGACCAUCGGCACGCUGCCAUGUUCCCCUCAGGAGAACACUUCACUCUAGCUCCAGCUCACUCACCGAGGGUCGUCACCAAAACGGAGAUCCUCACCUUUGCCGGGGACUUCUUGAGGCAUGGUGACUCAAUGAUGUUGCAGACAGAGCAGUUCUAGAACAAACUGCUCAGAGGUUGAAGUAAAGGUUUGGUAGUCACUCUUAAAAUUAAUUGCAAAAAGAACUCUUGGUUAGAAGCCUACAGCAGUUUUCGAUAUUAUAAAACAUUUUGAGAAAUAUUUACUUUGAAAUAGUAUAUUAAUGAACAAGUUUUUAUGCCCCAAAAUUUCAAUCUGAGAAGCAUAACCACAGUAACACUUCCCAAAGUGUGUAUUCCUAUCAGGGAUUAAUCUUCCAAUACGAACUCUUGGUUAGAAGCAUAGAGCAGCUUUCGAUAGUAUAAGCAUUUUGAGAAAUAUCCACUUUGAAAUAGUAUAGUAAUAAAGAAGUUUUUAUGCCCCAAAAAUUCAACCUGAGAGUAAAGCUUCUCAGAUUGUGUAUUCCUAAUAGGGAUUAAUCUUCCUGCGAGGACAUAUUCGCUCUGAUAGUUAUUUGGUGACACCAUGGGCAGCCAGGGUAGUUAUACACAUUCGAACACAAAAGAGUGAAUUAGGGUUUCAGGUUGAGUAAUGGUCCCCAGUUGGAAAGUCAGUACAAAACCAAUGGGAGCUGUAGCUAAAAAGUCCCCGGUUGGACGAAGGUCCCCAGUUGGAAAAGUUUACAAAACCAAAGGGAGCUGUUGCCAAAAGGAGUGUACACAGAAAAGGGGGACUAUAAGAGGGCCUGAGUGCAGAAGUGUGUGUACUUGUAGUGUCAUUCAAACUGAGGACUGAUAACAGAAGUGUGUGUACUUGUAGUGUCAUUCAAACUGAGGACUGAUAACAGAAGUGUGUGUACUUGUAGUGUCAUUCAAACUGAGGACUGAUAACAGAAGUGUGUGUACUUGUAGUGUCAUUCAAACUGAGGACUGAUAACAGAAGUGUGUGUACUUGUAGUGUCAUUCAAACUGAGGACUGAUAACAAAAGGGACAAAAGGUUCAAGAUUGCUAUCACAAAGGAAAACCAUGGUGUCCCUAUUUGUCAAGACAAAGAGUUAAGCAAAGGGGUCCACGAUUGGAGGCCAUAACACUUGGAUGGGCUUUCUGAAGGGUCCUUGCAGACAACCUCGUUCCCAGGGGUGAUCGAUCUCGCCGCCCCAUUUUUUCCCAGCAUGCCUUGCUCGAUCAUUACCCCUAGAAAGUGUUCAUUCAAUGAAUGCCUAUAAUCAAUCCUUUCUUCGCGUGCACGCAUGUCUUUCCUCUUAAAGAAUGUUUUGGUUUUUCCUUUUAAAAAUUCUGUUCGUGCCAUAUAAAGCGUGGGCGUGAUCAAUAUGAAAAUAUCCUAAAACUACACGCGUGCACACUUUACAUCUAAUGCAUAACCAAUUUCAUGAGCCAAUCAGCAUUGUUUCUCAGUACAUUACUCUCAGGGGUUUGUGACGAGUGGUAUCGAUAUGGCACGCUGCUCAUGGUAGCGAGGCUGCCUUGCAGAGUCUUUGAAAAAAUAGAACAAUAGAACCACAAGGAAAUUCUUUGUUUAAUCUGGACCCCACAAGAAAACUCUUUAGAAAAGGGUAUAAUAGAACCAUUAUAGCAGGAACUCUACGAACCAGACCCAUAAUGUGGUGUAUGUAUUAUAACCUUUGAGUGGUAUUUGUAUUUUAUUGAAAUAACUACUGUAUGCUUAAUUAGCUGAGAUUCUUUUUUUUGUUACAUUCAAACACGCUAACAGUUGUCUAUGCAAAAUGAACUGAAGCAUAUCUGGUUUUCAUUAUAAGGUAUGUCUGUGCAUGUGAUCAAAAUCACUUAAGGUUCAUUCUUAACAUUCCGUCCAGAAAGUCUCAUCAUAUUAAUACUCUAAAAUAUAUAUUUUGUAAAGUUAAAAUAUUUGUAAUUUAUAAAAUGGAUUUUUCUAUGUGAAAUGUACAUGAUCAUCGGAUGAGUAAUAUUAAUAGAUUUUUAUUUUAUAUGAUAUGAUUACCCUGAAUGUAAGUAUGUUUCUUUUCUUUUACUUGGAAUUUAGUUAUUUUAGGCAAAACGUUUCCAGGGAAAACUAAGGCCGGAAAUCCACAAGUCAGUCAUGGGUAAAAACAACAGAGAACGCCAAGCAGCAUUGAAUUGUGUACUGUGUGCUAUUCAUUAAAAAGUAAAUGUACUGAUAUUUUCAUUUUAAAGGAACACGUUGCCUUGGAUCAGUCGAGUUGGUCUUUGAAAAGUGUUCGUAACCGU